CGAGGUGCGGCGUCGCGACGCGCGCAGUGUUCGCCGGGAAUCCAGAGACGUCAGAUGUCGAGUGGAGUGUCUCGAUCGACGCAACAACCUUCACGCAAUUUGUGAAACAAAACGUAACCGUUUACUAACAACUUUCCUAGAAUCAUGACGGAAGAAACGAAAGAGGAGGUUCGGGUCUGGUGCGACGGAUGCUAUGACAUGGUACACUUUGGUCAUGCGAAUUCCUUACGUCAGGCCAAAGCUUUAGGGGAUUAUUUGGUAGUUGGAGUUCACACAGAUGCUGAGAUAACAAAACAUAAAGGACCGCCAGUAUUUACCCAGGAAGAACGUUACAAAAUGGUAAGAGGGAUAAAAUGGGUUGACGAAGUAGUGGAAGGUGCGCCGUAUGUAACCACGUUGGAAACAUUGGACAAACACGGCUGCGCAUUUUGUGUUCAUGGUGACGAUAUUACGAUGACCGCAGAUGGAGUAGACACUUAUCACCUCGUAAAAAGCUGUGGGCGUUACAAAGAGGUCGAAAGAACUGCUGGUGUGUCAACGACAGAUUUAGUGGGUCGAAUGUUGCUGAUGACCCGCCAGCAUUUCAGACAAGGCGACAGUGAAUACAGUGUGGAUAGAGAACCAAGUAAGAGUAUGGGACAGGACAGAACCGCUCGAAGUCCAUGGACAGGCUGUUCGCAGUUCCUACCAACAACCCAAAAGAUAAUUCAGUUCAGCGAUGGUAAGGUUCCACAGCCGGGCGACAAGAUCGUCUAUGUCGCUGGCGCCUUCGAUCUGUUCCAUGUGGGGCAUCUCGAUUUCUUGAAGGAAGCUAAGAAGGAGGGCGACUAUCUCAUAGUUGGGCUGCACACUGAUCCCGCGGUGAACAGAUACAAAGGAAGCAAUUAUCCUAUUAUGAACCUUCAUGAAAGAGUUCUCAGCGUCUUGGCAUGCAAGUAUGUAAAUGAGGUGGUGAUUGGGGCACCGUACGAAGUCACCAAGGAGUUGAUGGAGCAUUUUAAUGUGUCUGUUGUCUGCCACGGCCAAACACCGAUAAUGCCAUGUGAAAACGGAUCCGAUCCGUAUGCAGAGCCGAAAUUGCAGAACAAGUUCAAACCGUUGAACAGCGGUAGCGAUAUGACGACGGAGAGAAUAGUCGAAAGAAUUAUACUUCACAGAUUGGAAUUCGAGGACAGAAAUUUAAAGAAGGAAAAGAAAGAGCUAGCUGCUUACGAGGCUUUUGUAAAAUCGAAAUCAGAGAAUAUUGAGAUGGCUGGAUAAAUCCAAGAAAGUUGAGAUGAGAAGGUGAAGGAGGGGAGGGGGGGGGGGGGGAGCGAAACGCGGACGGCCGUGAAUCUGUACAUAAAGUACAUAAACAUACCACUUUAAAAUACUUUUUAAUUGUUAUUUAUUGAUUGUUGCCUAAUUAUUUUCAACUGUGAAUUAAUGAUAACACGAUAAGUAUAACGGAAUAUAAAGGGUUUUUAUAUAAACUUUGCACAUGCUUCUAGGGUGUAGAGGCCGGCUAGGCAAGCAUUUUGAGAUUAGACUUUGAAAAAAACGAUAAACAAUGAGAAAAAUAGCAAAACAAUUUUUUGUAGUUCGGAAUAUGUCAAAUUUCACGUAUUCAAACGGAUCUUUCACAGCCGUUGUUUAAAGUAUUCACCAGCUUGAAGAAGGCACUUCAGAGAACGUUUUCCAUAAUUUUUUCAAAUUCUGUUUAUAAGCACUGGAAAUUGUUUUGUUAUUUUUUUAUUGCCAAUUUUAUAGUUUUGCCGACUUCACACGAGAACUUUGUAUACUGUUGAUUACGGCUGAAUAAAUCGUUUGGUAGAAAGUGAUCACAUUGAUUCAUUAUAACACCACAAACACGCGCGUGGUACCAAAUCCUUCAGAGCUCUCAAUAGUCGUCAGGAUGAGUUUCCGACCAUGGGUGUUUUAUCUCAAAAUGAUUGCUUAGGCGGCCCCUACACACCCUAGAAGUAGGUGCAGAGUUAACAUAAACACCCUGUAUUAUAUACGUACCUCAUAUAUUAUACAAAUCAAUGAAAUUAAUUUGAGAAAUCUUGCGAUGAAAUUUAUUUACGUUCCAAAAAUCGAACUAAUUCUCAAUCGAUUGCUUACAUAUCCUUUAUUACUAUUCUGUAUCUAUAUAGGUAUAAUCUGUUAUCCUUGCCCGCCUAUCUACGUUUUUACGUACAGACAUAUUUAUUACUAUUCGGUCUUUAAAGCCACUUGGUACAAAUUAUUCGAAACUAACGCGAUAAUAGGCUGGCAUCUAUUUACCGUUUGUACCCAACUAUUAAUAUUACGCAACCUAACUGUUGAGUUAAAUAUUUGUUGAAUGUUUAACUAGCUAAUUCUCAUCAUUUCUUUUUUCACUCGUGACAUUGCAAUGGGGUAACCAAUACUUGCAUAUAUAUAUACACUAUGUACGAUGUCGCAAACAAGUGUCUGAAAUGUAAAAUGUCUUUAAUGCUGUAGAUGAUGAACUCAAAUAUUGAGUAUCUACAAUUUUCUGUACUUAUAUUUAUGUAUCGGUAUGAAUUAUAUGUUUCUGAGAUAUACGUUUUGCGCAUGGGUGGAUAAAAAAAUUAUUUCGUAACAUGUCUGAACUUUAUGCAAUGACUUACAAUUCUAUUGCAAUAAUUAUGUCAUCUCAUGAUACUAGAAUUAUAAACUGUGCCUUAACACUUCAUCAUUAAAAUCGAAACAAAAAGAAAACCAAUACUACUUCAAAUAUGGCUAUCAACAGUGCAUGCAAAGUUUACUAGCAAUAAACUCGGAACAUUUGGAGAGGUUUUUUUUUUUGGUUUUGAAAUUAAAGAUUUGGGUCUUUCAUUCCCAAAUUUCUUUACAUCAUAGCAAUUUUUUUGAUUAUUAUUGGAAGAAGUUGUUUCGAAGUGUUGUGUUUUUCAACUUUCGUCUGCAAUUAUAAUUUAAUUAUAAUCGUAUUGGUAUGGAUGAUUUUUACAAACUUCGAAAUUGUCACAAAGGGGUGAAAGGUGAAGCAAAUCAUCUUCCGAGAGUUCAGACAUUUUAUGAAACAUUUUUCCACCCCACAUAUAAACUUACUCUGUCUAUGCCAAAUAGUAAGUGUAAUAAUAUAAUUACUAAGUCAAACGAUCUGAUAUAAAUUGCAAUAUACAUAAAUUGUCAAUUUGUUGGUGUUUGUUCUUGCUUUCCCUUUGUAUGAAUUUCCGCGAAAUUGAAUUCGCAAGUAAUCAUUGUGAAACCUUGUACCUGUAUUUUAUUUAUUAUAUAAGGUAUUACCGUAAGAAGAGUAAAUACUAUGUCAAACUCUGACUACGAUUUAAAUGAUUAAAAAAAUUCUGUUCGUCAAUUUA